CCCUGUCUUCAUUCCAAAGCUAUAGCUAAAGCGAAAAAACUCUUUCUUAACCUUCAUAUUGUAUCCAUGCAAACCAUGAAGCCUCAUGUAACACUGUUGGCUAGCCCUGGCAUGGGGCACCUCAUCCCUGUCCUUGAGCUAGGCAAACGCCUGGUAAGUGACCAUGGCUUCAUUGCAACUAUUUUUGUGGUCACAACCAAUACCUCGCUCUCCCAAUCCCAGCUUCUCAAAUCACCAAUUCCCCAACUACUUGAAAUUGUCCUUCUACCUCCAGUGGACAUUUCUGCUCUAAUCAACCCAAGUACUGGGAUCCUAACACAACUUGCCAUUAUGAUGCGUCAAGCUUUGCCAAGCUUGCGCCAGGCAAUAUCAGCCAUGAGGUUUCGCCCCACGGCUCUUAUUGUUGAUUUGUUUGGAACUGAAGCUUUCGCCAUUGCUGAAGAGCUUAACAUGCUCAAGUACGUGUUUAUCACUUCCACUGCAUGGUUUCUUGCUCUAACCAUACACCUGCCUGCGCUAGAUGCUAAGGUGGUGGAAGAAGAGCACGUUAAGAACCACGAACCGCUGUUGAUUCCUGGGUGCAGCUCACUUCGGUUUGACGACACUUUUGAACCGGUUCUAGACCGGAAUAAUCAGAUGUACGUCGAGUACAUACGCAUGGGCAUUGAGAUGCCAACCGCUGAUGGUAUUUUGGUGAACACAUGGCAGGAUCUUGAGCCCAAAACACUUGGUGCACUUGGAGACAACAUGAAGCUUGGAUGGGUGACUCAGGCGCCUGUCUACCCAAUUGGGCCACUGAUCAGACCUGCAGAACCCGGUUUGAGUAGCGAGGUGUUGGCUUGGCUGGAUAUGCAACCCCAGCAAUCAGUUGUUUACGUUUCAUUUGGGAGUGGUGGGACACUUUCAGCCAAGCAAACAACCGAGCUAGCAUGGGGUUUGGAGUUGAGCGAACAGAGAUUUAUUUGGGUCGUACGGCCUCCGGUAGAGGACGAUGCAGCUGCUGCAGUUUUCAAGACAGGCAAAAGGAGUGAUGACACUCCAGAUUUUCUGCCUGAUUGCUUCCUAACCCGGACCCAAAAGACAGGUUUGGUAAUCCUCAAGUGGGCACCCCAAGCUGAGAUCUUGAGCCACCCAUCAGUGGGUGGGUUCUUAUCACACUGUGGUUGGAACUCAACCCUGGAGAGUAUAGCAAAUGGGGUACCCAUGAUUGCUUGGCCACUGUAUGCAGAGCAGAGGAUGAACGCUGCAAUGCUCACGGAGGACAUAGGCGUGGCUGUCCGGUCGACGGCAAACCCGUCAGAAGUAGUGGGCAGGGAGGAGAUAGAGAGUAUGAUUAGAGAAAUAAUGGAGAAGAAAGGAAAUGCAAGAAGGGCUAGAGCAGAGGCACUAAAGUUAAGUGGUGAGAACGCUUUGAGGAAAGGUGCCUCCUCCUAUAAUUCACUUUCUCAUGUGGCAAAUGACUGUGUGAUGAGCUUGAAGCACCUUAAAGCAAAGGCUCAUGGUGGUUAGCGCUGUGUGUUCUUCUGUAAUGAAUGAAUCAGUUGCAUUCUGCAAGAUCAGAACAUAUGAUCUUAAUAGACUGAACAACUUGCAGAACUGAGGACUAUUUACUAAUAUAUAAUCUAUAGAGAAAAUGAAUCGACUUAUUUUCAAA